ACUUCAGUCCGGGUCGGUUCGGGUCGGUCUGCAGCGGCGGACGGAAGCGAGCGAACCCCGAAAAGUUUGAGUCCGGGAGCAAAGAGGAGGGAUCCGGGCGGAGAGGGAGCAGAGACCCGGUCUUACUACGGACUGACGGCGGGUCGUGAACCUCCAGCUCCGGUGCAGCUCCGGUGCAGCUCGGGGAGUUUGGGGGAGCAGCAGACUCUCAAAGUGUCCAGCAGUUACAUAAGAGACACAAAGAGGACAGAAAUCCUGAAUGAGAUCUCCAGUCUGAGCAGACGCGGAUCCGGAGUCCUGCGCUGCGCGUAAAUGUUGGACUCAGUUUAGUUUGCCAGCACAUGGACGCUUCACGGUCUGCACCCGGUCCCGCUGCAGGUCUGAUCUGGUUCCGGCUGAGUAAAAAUGGAACUUAAGGACACUUUGUCCUGCGGGACGCGGAUUUGGACGAAUUUAUCGUUUUUUACGGGCAAACCGUCGCCGUGAAGACUUUCUCUCCUCACACAGGCAGAAGUGCUUCAUGUUCGGAUGGAUUAUUGUCGCUCUGCCUGCUGGGAAAUCAUCAGUUAAACGCGUGAGAGCGCGAGAAUGAAGCUGCUGAUCGAUGGACAUUGAGUAUCGAUCACCUCUGUGGAUCCAAAGUGAUUAAAUCAACCUUUCUGUCCGCAUGCUGUUCCCGGCGGGAGGCUGUUCUCCUCGCGGUCUUUGAUGUUCUUCGGUUCUGGUUCUGGUCCCUGCGGGUCUCAGCGCGCUCAGAGCUGCAGAGAAGAGACGCGGAUGUUCGCCGGGACGCAGCGCGCCGCGCCGCCGCACAUGGAGCGCUCCGGGCGGCCGCUGCUGCUGCUGCUGCUCGGCCUGCUGCUCCGGCUCUGCUCCGCCGUCACCGACGACCGCCUCAUCUCCGACCGCUACGCGGUCUACUGGAACAGCUCGAACCCCAGGUUCUUUCGGGGCGAGUACACGGUGGAGGUGGCCAUCAACGACUACCUGGACAUCUACUGUCCGCACUACGAGGUGGCGGAGUCGGCCGAGCGCAUGGAGCACUACGUGUUGUACAUGGUGAACUACGACGGCUACACCACCUGCGACCACCACAGGAAGGGCUUCAAACGCUGGGAGUGCAACCGGCCGCAGAGCCCCAACGGACCGCUCAAGUUCUCCGAGAAGUUCCAGCUGUUCACGCCCUUCAGCCUGGGCUUCGAGUUCAGGCCCGGACACGAGUACUACUACAUCUCAUCACCACAUCCAAACCUGGCUGGGAAACCGUGUCUGAAGCUGAAAAUCUACGUCAAACCAACCAAUGACUCGGUGUACGAGUCCCCGGAGCCUUUCCUGACGGACGACACCACCGGCGGCUGCGGCCUCGCUCUGCCGCGCGUCUCCCUGCUGUCCGCCACGCUGCUCGGCCUCCUCCUGCUCCUCGCCUCCUCAUAGCACCGCCUCCUCCUCCUGCUCCUCUUCUUCCUCCUCUUCCUCCGGUUCUCCUGCCGCCCAUAGGAGGAACAACCAACCUGAGGCGGGAAACAAAUCCGGCUCCCCCUCCCUGACCCCUGACCCUCACCUCAACGACACUCAGCUGCUCAGCCAAUCAGAGGAGACUGAGGCGGCCGCUGGGAGGAGCCUGGAGCUGUCAGCUGGGCGGAGUUUCUCUGCUCUGUGACGGAUGUUUGUGGAAGUGGAGACUCCGCUGACCCCCAUGUUUAACUGAUCCGCCGGAUGUUCCUCUGAGGGAAACGUUUCACUUUGCUCCGAACAAAAACAUUUUUUAUUUGACAAACCAAAUGCAAAGAGCCACACCAGCGACUCAACUGUCCAAUCAGCAGAGAAAGACCAGGAUCUCAUGUCAGACUGCAGGUCUCACAGUACAAGAUCUCAGGCCUGCAGAGGCUUUGUGUUGAUCUCGUGUGCAGAAUCUGGAUCGAGUGUUCUGUCUAAUACGACAAGAAAUUCAAUCUGAGUUUAAAACAACGUUCAGGAGUUCAGGGUGUGGCAGCGUGCUCCAGAUUUAAACGUAUUCAGCCGUUGGUUUCUGUUCAACAGAAUGAAAAUCAUGAACUGACUCCUGAACUGUGCUGCGGCUGUUUGUUCCUCCACAGCGAACUGAUUUCUGUCACUGCUGAUUUGAUUUGAGAUCAGUCUCCACCUGACCUGAAGCUGCAGAGCCGACGUUCACCGUGACGGAUUAUUCAGCAACUUUCAACAGUCGGCUCAUGAUGUUCAUAUCAUUUAUAACAGAAUGGAAGUCAACGGCUGCCUGGAGCAGCAGACAGCAACUUUACAGCAAAUAAGUAAAAAGAAUGAAAAUUGAAAGUUUGUACAGAAGUCGCCAUACAUUAAGUAUGUAAUAGAACACCUUCAGUCAACGUGGUUUAGAUUUAAGCAUCUGAAACUUGCAAACACACUCAUUUGGUGUUUUUGUACAACAUCUCAGAGUAAAUAAAGAAGAGUGAGUAUUCAUCAAGUGACAGACAAACAUCAAACAUCAUAUACAAACUAUUAAAACAGAGAUUGUUCCACAUGUCGAUCUCAGAGGAGUCUGAAACAUGGCAGCCAGCGGAGUCCAGCUUCAGUCAGACACCAGCUGAAACAGACAGAACAUCAUCACAGUCUGCAGGAAGCAGCGGCGAGCGUCCUGCAGCGGCGAGCCUCCUGCAGAGCCGCGCUCACCGGCGCCCCCGUCUGCUGCAAACAUCCGUUUUAUCUCCGAGACCUCUUCACUGAUGAUCGCGGUCAGAUGAGACGAAAGCGAAACUCCGAGACCCGCGGCGGGUCUUCGACGUUCCCUCCAUGAUGGAUGAAGGCACCUCUCCUUGGCCCUCAUUGGUCUGAUGUUUAAUCUGAAAACAUGGCGGCUGUUCAAGAAACUGCCAAAUUUAAACUGUGCAACAAAAUCAGUUUAUGGAUCUGUUGGAGUUAACAGGCUGAACCGCUGAGUCAUGAUUCACGCUGUGUCUGAUGAAAUUCAUUCUCUGAUUGGUCGGCCCAUAGCUGAUCAGAACAGUGACGAAAGCAGGGCUGUAAAAAUAAUGAUUAUUAUCAAUCAAUACGUCCAAUAUCUAUUAAUUAUAAACAACCCAUCAAUUCAUUUUGUUUGUUUGUUUUGUCACAACGUGAUAAACAUCCAUCUUCAGUCUUUAGAGUCCAAAGUGACUAAACGUAGCAUCACAGACUGUCAGGACGAGCUAACGUAGCAUCACAGACUGUGGGGAUGAGCUAACGUAGCUUCACAGACUGUCGGGACGAGCUAAUGUAGCAUCACAGAGUGCUAUGACGAGCUAACAUAGCUUCACAGACUGUUGGGACGAGCUAAUGUAGCAUCACAGACUGUCGAGACGAGCUAACGUAGCUUCACAGACUGCCGGGACGAGCUAACGUAGCAUCACAGACUGUGGGGAUAAGCUAACGUAGCUUCACAGACUGUCGGGACGAGCUAAUGUAGCAUCACAGAGUGCUAUGACGAGCUAACAUAGCUUCACAGACUGUUGGGACGAGCUAAUGUAGCAUCACAGACUGUCGAGACGAGCUAACGUAGCUUCACAGACUGCCGGGACGAGCUAACGUAGAAUCACAGACUGUGGGGACGAGCUAACGUAGCUUCACAGACUGUAGGGACGAGCUAAUGUAGCAUCACAGAGUGCUAUGACGAGCUAACAUAGCUUCACAGACUGUCAGGACAAGCUAACUUAGCAUCACAGACUGUCGGGACGAGCUAAUGUAGCUUCACAGAGAGCUGUAAUGAGCUAACGUAGCUGCACGGAGUGCUGGGAUGAGCUAACGUAGCUUCACAGACUGUCAGAAUGAGCUAACAUAGCUUCAUAGACUGCUAGGACGAGCUUGCAUAGCUUCACAGACCGACAGAACAAGCUAAUGUAGCUUCACAGACUGUUGGGACAAGCUAACGUAGUUUUACAGACUGUCGGGACGAGCUAAAGUAGCUUCACGGAGUUCUGGGACAAGCUAGUGUAGCAUCACAGACUGUCAGGACGAGCUAAUGUAGCUUCACAGACUGUCGGGACGAGCUAACGUAGCUUCACAGACUGUCGGGACGAGCUAGCGUAGCUUCACGGUGUGCUAGGACAAGCUAGUGUGCUAUAAAGAUCGAUGGAACGGUUUGAUUUCAUUUGAAAAUUAAACUCAAAUCUCAGUUUCGGUAUAAACAGGAUGAACUCAGCCUGAAGUGUCAGAUUAACUCUGAUUAUUGAUCAGCAGGCGCCUCUAUCAGUCUCUAUCAAUCAUUAAUGAUCAGCUGAUCAGCUCUGUCUCCUCCAGCCCUUCAGCAGUUGGCAUCUCUCAUUUCUGUAAAUUUGCCAAAGACUAUUAUUAAACUUUUCUAUUCAGGGGCUACAGGGGUCACAUUGCCCCGCCCACGGUGGGCGGGGUUACAUGGGGGGGGGGGGGGGGUCAAAGAGUUUUUUUCUAAACCGUGUUGUUUUGUCAUAAAAAGAAAAAACGAAUGUUGCGAGCAAAACAAAAAUGAAUCACUCAGAAAUGGCCUUUUUCCCACUGGUGCUGAAUUUUUAGUGACUGACUUCUUUUCUGGGGAAACAGCGACACCAUGAGACACCAGGAAGACAUUUGAUUUCUCUUCAUCUCCUCAUGCCGCCCCUCCAUCUGUGGGGGCGUGCCCCCAUGUGUGGAUGAGCAGGGGCAUGCUGGGAAAUGCAGUAUAUAAAACAAAGGCACUGUGAUGGAGGACGGACGGAGGACGGAGCACCUGGACUCCCGCAGAGAGCGGCGGAGGUGAUCUCGUUUCCUCGUCUGUAGAAAAAGAGGAAAAAUUCAAGUUUUUAUUUUAUGUUUGUGCCAUUUUGUGUUUUAAAAAAAGAGAAAGAAAAUUCAUCUCAGAUAUGAAUGAAUCAGCGGGGACACGAAGGAUCAGUCAGGUUUGUUGUUGUCGUUGUUACCGUUGUUGUUGUUUUCUCCUUUAUGUUCCUGCUUGCAUCACAAUGCAUUCUGGUCCUCGUAGUCCUCUGCUCUUGGUUCUGUGGAUAGAUAACGGUUAGGUGGGUUUUCGGUUCAUCGUCCUUUUCUUCGUUUGGAUGGAAUCUGUUUCGUGGUGUGAGAAGCGUUAAAGAGGCGGGAGUGAGACCUCCCUGCUGUCUCUGGUUUACAGUCUCUGAAGCUCAAUCAUAGAGAAGAAAAUGUUUUUCUACAUCCAAAUAUCUGCAUAUUCUUUUCUCUGAGAGACGACAAAUCUGUUUUUGUAUAUUUUCUUAUUGGAUGCUUAUAAAGUCCUUCUAAAGAACGCAUUUAUCUGAUUGGCUAAAAGCUAAGCGGGGUCAGAGGUCGUUAGGCCUCUUCAGGACUUUUUUUCUGCACUGCAUGAGCAGAAAAAAAACUUAAAAAUACUUUUAUUGAAUUUCAGAGAGAAAAUGUUAAGAAGUGCAAGAACCUGUUUGAUAACUUCACCAAUAAAAA